GAUUCCCUAGAGAUCCGAAUGGAACGAGAUCCAAGUGGCAGUUAGAACUAUUUUCAUCCUUUCAGGCGAGAUUCAGUUACGGUCUUUCUGUAACAGAGACAAAGAUUCUCCCUUCUGUUCUCCCCGUGCUCCCCGGAAAAGCCCAACCAUGUGCCGUCCGAAGCGGCCUCGUCGGGCCCGCCGGCCCCACUCGCAGCCUCACACCGCAGACCGCUAUAUCCGUCCGUGGCCUGUGGGGUGGAGUUGACCACAGACCUUUCUUCCUCCAUCGUCCCACCGCCGUGAAUUGCAGGAGUGGCGGACGCGGGGGGAGAAGAGAAGAGAAGAGAAGAGAGAGAGAGAGAGAGAGAUUCACGCGCGGCGGAGCCCCGCCACCUCCUUCCGACGUCUCCUCCGCCCACGGAGCCAUGGGUUUGACAUCGGCGAAGGGGAUCGCCCUCACCGUCUCCUUGUUUGGCCUCCUCGCGUUUCUGCUCGGCGUCAUCGCGGAAAACAAAAAGCCUCCAUAUGGAACUCCUAUCAAGGGAAAGGAUGUUGUCAUCUGCAAGUUCCCGAGUGACCCAACGAUUGCAAUGGGAAGCCUGUCCAUUGUGGCACUUGUGUUAGCUGCUUUCAUUGGGCACGUUGCCAUCUUUUACCCGUACAAGGGCAAGUCGGUUCCUCGUGGAGCGUUAUUUCAGAGCACCAGCUUGUCUGUGUUCUUUGUUAUUGCUGAGCUGGUGUCAGCUCUGGCUUUUGCAAUGCUGCUCUGGGCAACGAUCACAGAGGGUCGCCAUCGCACCAGUAACAUUCACCAUGACAUGGAUACCCUGUGCCCCACCGCAAAGACCGGCCUCUUUGGAGGCGCCGCUUUCCUGGCCCUUGACGCUGCUCUGUUCUGGCUUGUUUGCCAGAUGCUGGCCCUUAAUGCAAGGGCCGACUAUCUGGAUGAGGAUGAGGAUGAGGAUGACAAGGGCGAAUACGGCCAGGUUUAUGCUACUGAUGCCGAUGGCACGAAGGUCUGAGUCGGCUAACUGCAGGAUUUCAAAACUAGCACCGUUUAGAUAUAUUUUAGAUUCAUUAUGCGUCUUUGAAAAGGUCGGUUUAGUUCUCCAAAAAAUUGUAGAUAUGUCGUGCCAUUCCGUAGUCGUACAUAAGGUCAUUUUCUCAUUCCAGUUUCAGACUUCAGAUUGAACGAUAAGUUGUGUUCUGGUUUGCUACUUCCCUUUCUGAAUUAAAGUAUCAUGUUAUCUGUGAA